AUACACAAUUUUAUUAUAUUAUACACACAUAAUUUAGACCUUCUCUCAAUAUAUAUACAAAAUAUAAUUUAAAUAAUAUAUAGAAGAAGGAAAAUUCAAGAUGGAAGAGAUGAUGAAACCUGCAUGGUUACAAGGAUUAAUGUCUGAGAAUUUCUUUGGAGGAUGUGAAAUUCAUCACAAUAGAAGGAAAAAUGAGAAAAACAUCUUUUGUUUAGAGUGUUGCCAAAGUUUUUGCCCUCACUGCCUUCCACAACAUCACUCACAUCCUCUUCUACAGGUGAGAAGAUAUGUAUACCAAGAUGUUAUAAGAUUGGAUGACCUAGAGAAGCUCAUUGACUGUUCCUAUAUUCAGCCUUACACAAUAAACAGUGCCAAAGUUAUAUUCUUGAACCAAAGAGCACAAUCAAGGUCAUGCAAGGCUUCUGGCAACUCUUGUUUCACUUGUGACAGAGUCCUUCAGCACCCCUUCAACUUUUGUUCCCUCUCUUGCAAGGUUGAUUUUAUGGUGUAUCAAGGUGAAGAUUUAUCAAACAUCAUCUAUAGGUUUGAUGAUUCUGAAUUUGCACUCUCCCAAUUCGAAGGAUUACACGUGGACACCUCCGAUUUGAUCGAUGAAGAAAGCCAAAUUACUCCUAACUCCAUCUUAGAAGAUCCAUUAGAAUGCAGAGGUUCAUCUUGUUCAAAUAAUGUCAGGGGCAAUUCUGGUAUUUCACACGAUGGACGUAUGGUUAAAAAUAAGAAAAAAAGCAGUGGGUUUUUUCCAGGGCUUGUGCUUUCAUUAAGCAAUAGGAGAAAAGGAGCCCCUCAAAGAUCUCCUCUUUCUUGAAAAAAAUAAAAUAAAAUAAAAUAAAUAUUCUCAAAAAAUAAUUAAGUAAUAUUUAGUACUUGUUGUAAUAUUAUUAGUUAUUUGGAUCUGUGACUGUAAUUUUAUGAUGUUUUUAGUGUCACUUUUAGGUUUUGAAAUUUAAUUACCAAAAAAAAAAUGAUUCCAUUGUGAACCAUAGGUUGAUGUUUAGAGAGGUUUAAUUUCUAAUCUCUCUCUAAUUAUCACCAAUUUUGUACUUUUGGUUCAGUGGAACUUGAACAGAUAAAUAUAAUUAGCGUCUAAAUA